AUGGCUACAGCGUGGUUCCUAGUCCUGGUGGCCAUGGGCCUGGGCUUGGCCAAAGCAGGCCCUGUCCCCACCUCCAAUCCCCCCUCAAAGGAGAGGGGCUGUAACAUUGGCAACUUCAAAUAUCUGCUACCAGCGGAGUGGAAGGCCUUCAAGAAAGCCAAGGAUGCCUUGGAAAAUUCACUGAAAAACCAGAGCUGCAGCUCGUGCCUCUUCCCCAGGCCCUGGAAACUGACACAGCUGCAAGUGUGGGAGCGCCCUGUGGCUUUGGAGGCUGAGCUGGCCCUGACACUGAAGGUCCUGGAGACUGUGGCUGACUCAUCCCUUGGGAACAUCCUGGACCAACCCCUUCACACACUGCACCACAUCCACUCCGAGCUCCAGGUUUGUGUUUCAACUCAGCCCACAGCAGGCCCCAGGUCUCAUGGCUACCUCCAGCCCUGGCUGGACCAGCUCCAGGAGGCCCCAAAGCAGGUGUCUCAAGACUGCCUUGAAGCCACUGUCACAUUCAACCUCUUCCGGCUCCUCACACGGGACCUGAAUUGUGUCGCUCAGGGAGAUCUCUGCAUCUGA